AUGUCCAGAGCCCUUGCUGUCCUGCAGGUGAAGGAAGAGGAUGUCCUUAAAUUCCUUGCAGCAGGAACCCACUUAGGUGGCAUCGACCUUGACUUCCAAAUGGAACAGCACAUCUACAAAAGGAAAAGUGAUGGUAUCUGCAUCACAAAGAGAACCUCAGAGAAGCUUCUGCUGGUGGCUCAUGCCCUUGUUGCCAUUGAAAACCCAGCUGAUGUCAAUAUCACAUUGUCCAGGAAUACGGGCCAACAAGCUGUGCUGAAGUUUGCUGCUGUCACUGGGGCCACUCCUACUGCUGGCUACUUCUUUCCUGGAGCCUUCACUAACCAGAUCCAGGCAGCCUUUUGGGAGCUGCAACUUCGGGUGGUUACUGAUCCCAGGACUGACCACCAGCCUUUCACAGAAGCAUCUUAUGUUAAUCUGCCUACCAUUGCUCUGUGUAACACAGAUCUUCCUCUGCACCAUAUGGACAUUGCCGUCAAGAACAACGAUAAGGGAGCUGACUCAGUGGGUCUGAUGUGGUGGAUGUGGGCCCAGGAAGUUCUGUGCAUGUGCAGGACCAUCUCCCGUGAACAUCCAUGGGAGGUCAUGCCUGACCUCUACUUUUACAGAGAUCCUGAAGAGAUUGAAAAGGAAGAGCAGGUUGCUGAUGAAAAGGCUGUGACCAAGGAGGAAUUUCAGGAUGAACGGAGUUCUUUAGCUCCUGAAUUUACUGCUACUCAACCCAAGGUCUCUGAAAGGGUAGGAACAACCACUGGUUGGUCUUAA